GUGAGCCGGGAGCCGGGGCUGAGCCGCUGCUGCUCCCCAGCGGGGUGUGUGCGGGGAGAGCCCUUCCCUAGCGCCCCUUUGUGCCCAGCCGGGGGGACUUUCUCCGGUGGCUGGAACCAGCCCCUGGGGCAGCCCCGGGCUCUGCCGACACCAGCCCCUGAGCCGGAGCCUGCAGCUCACAAUGGGGUACAACUGAAUGUAAGGAGCUGAAUCAUUAUCCAGGGAAGCCAAUACGCUGAAGAUGUCACCCAGGAAAUCCAAGAGGACUGUGAGCCAGAGCCCUGAGCAGGACAAACCCUGUGAGAGCCAGUGCAGGCCAGAGGAGCCAGAGCCCAUGGAGAAGAGACCAGUGAAACUCAUCCAAGGAAUUAAGAAGCGAAAGGAUUUUGUGGUGCACCAGGGAACCCAGACGGAGGAGAGCCCCAACAUCUGCAUCGAGUGUGGGAAAAGCUUUACCCAGAACUCCAGUCUCAUCAACCAUCGUAGAACCCACACAGAUGAGAAGCCCUACAAAUGCCCUGACUGUGGGAAAUGUUUCGGCGUCAGCUCCAGCCUCAGCCGGCACCAGCGCAUCCACACGGGCGAGAAGCCCUACGCCUGCCCUGACUGCGGGAAGAGCUUCAGCGACAAGUCCAACCUAACCCAGCACCAGCGUGUCCACACGGGUGAGAAGCCCUACAAGUGUAUUGACUGUGGGAAGAGCUUCAGCCGCAGCUCCCACAAGAAGAAGCACUUGCGGCACCUGAUGGGGAAGAGGCCAGGCAAGUGCUCGUCACCGCAGCAGCGUGAGGGUGCCGUGGGGAAGGCCAAGGCCAGGAGGAAGGUGGAGGUGCUGAACACGUGCACCGAGUGCUGGCAGAGCUUCAGCCAGAAUGCUGAUCUCAUCAAGCACAUGAGGAUCCACACUGGCGAGAAGCCCUUCAAAUGUACUGACUGUGGGAAGAGCUUCAGUGUCAGCUCCAACCUCUUCCGGCACCAGCGCAUCCACACUGGAGAGAAACCCUACACAUGCUCUGACUGUGGGAAAAGCUUCACUGACAAGUCCACCCUGACCCAGCACCAGCGCAUCCACACGGGCGAGAAGCCCUACAUCUGCACCUUCUGUGGGAAGGGCUUCAGCCACAGCUCCCACCACAAGAGACAUGAGAAAAUCCACAAGGGCGAGAAACCCAACCUGUGCUCCGAGUGUGGGAAGAGCUUCCUGCACAGCUCGGAUCUGGUGAACCACCAGCGCAUCCACACGGGUGACAAGCCUUUCAUCUGCACUGACUGCGGCAAGAGCUUCCGGCAGAGCUCCACACUCAUCACCCACCAGCGCAUCCACACCGGCGAGACCCCCUACGAGUGCAGCUACUGCGGGAAGAGCUUCCGCGUCAGCUCCAACUUCGUGCGGCACCAGCGCAUCCACACGGGCGAGAAGCCCUACAAGUGCCCCAUCUGCGGGAAGAGCUUCACGGACAAGUCGACCCUGACCCAGCACCAGCGCACCCACACCGGCGAGAAGCCCUACAAAUGCGCUGACUGUGGGAAGAGCUUCAGCCGCAGCUCCCACCGCAAGCGGCACCUGCGGAACCCGCCCGCCAAAGGCCGGAGCAAGUGCUCCCACCGGAGCGGGGAGGCCGCCGUGGCCAAGGCCAAGGAGAUCAAGGUCAAGAAGCGGACGCCGACCAUCGAGAUUCCCAACACGUGCGCUGAGUGCUGGCAGAGCUUCAGCCAGAACUCGGACCUGGUCAAACACAUGCGGAUUCACACAGGAGAGAAACCCUUCAAAUGCACUCACUGCGGGAAGCGCUUCAGCGUCAGCUCCAACCUGACCCGGCACCAACGCAUCCACACCGGGGAGAAACCCUACAAGUGCCCCGACUGCGGGAAGAGCUUCACUGACAAAUCCACCCUGACCCAGCACCAGCGCAUCCAUACGGGCGAGAAGCCCUACAUCUGCAUCUACUGCGGGAAGAGCUUCAGCCGCAGCUCCCACCACAAGAGACACGAGAGAACCCACUCCGGCGAGAACCCUGACACCUUCCUGCCCUUGUGGCACUACCCCAGCCAGAACUUCUAGAGUCGCCGACCCCUCUGGCAGGGCCC